UGUUAAGUUAAAUAAUACAGAAUCUAAAAUAAAUAAUCCAAAUAACUCUAUUUUAUUAGAUAGUGAUGAUGCAACUACAGAUUUAGAAACAAGUAACAAUUCAUUAAAUAAUCAACAUAUACAGUCAACAUCUUUAGUUAAUAAAUGGAAAAAACUAGUAACAGAGUAG